CCUCAGCCUCCCAGAGUGCUCAGAUUACAGGCAUGAGCCACCACGCCUGGCCAAAUGCCUGUAUUCUUUAUAUGUAGUUGAUUGCUUUAUUUUAAAUAGCAUGUAACAGUAAACAUUUUAAAAUGUAGUGAGUUGAAUUUUUAAUACUGGUAUAUAUGUGGAGGUAAGCUAGGGCCAUUGAAGGUGAAACAUCUUGGUUUCCCUAAGGUCAAGCACCAAAUAUGCCUUUAUUUAGCUUGAAAUGCAUCUCUAGAAUAUCAGACAUCAUUCAUACCUAGUCAUUUUUAUAGAAAUAUGAUUGAACCAGAUAAAAAAUCUGGACAUUCUUCAGAGGUUCACAAAACUUUGGCAUUCAGGUAUUUUAGUUAUGAAAUUAUAGUCCUUCUUGAUUUCUCCUUUGUUCUGCUGCUAUGUUUCUAAAUAAUAAACAGUGUGCCAGUUUCAUAAGAAGCUAGAGGGCAUUGGUCCGAACACAUGAUUCCCAAGAUAUUCUCAUGGAGCACUAGUGAAAAAAAACAGUUUAAACAUUUAUACACAUCAAAGUGAAGGGAGGUAUAAACAACUCUCGUUGCAUCAUUCAUCAGGAGAAUUUGGAGUUUGAACUGUAUAAGUUAAAGUCACUGAUGAAGGAAUUGUCAACAUUAUGAACUUUAUUUUGUAUUUGUGGGCUUGAUAGAUCCUGAUUGUUUUUAAUUAUAUUUGGUGUUUGGUAAAUACUUGUAGAAUGAAAAAAUGAGUGCAUAAACAGUCCUCUGUAACUUCUAAACUCAGGACGUUUGUAUCUGGUGCCUUUGCUGAUCUUACUUGUGUAUAAGACAGUGAGUACUGAUCAUACUGCCACUGAGAAAUUUGGAGCCCUGCCUCUGAAUAUGUGCAACUUUGAAUUAUUGCUUCUCCUCUCUCCCUAUUUACAACCUAGAGUGCCCUGAAAAACUGUUGUGUUCUUUGUGGUCUUUUCCACUUUAAAAGCAAGAAAGGAUAUUAUCUUUUUGUUUGUGAGUAUUUAGUAUCUCGUAAGAGAAUUAUGCUCCUCAUUUGUCUUCUAGGAAAUAAUGUCGAAUUUGUGAUAGCAGGUUCUUGUACCUAAUUAGAGGUUGGUGAAUCCACAAAUAGAGAAAAAGCACACAAGUGAUACACCUAAAAGUAGGACGAAUGCCAUUUUACAGGAGAUUUUUUUAAAAAAUUUUGUGAAAAAGUAUACUCAUUGUAGAAAUGCAAAAUAUAUACAAAAGUGUUAAGAAAGAAAUGAAAUUUAUUAUAGUCCUCAAAACUAGAGAUAGCUGCUGUUACUAGUGAUUUUUAAUGUAUAGUUGUCCCUCCAUAUCUUUGGGGUCUUGGUUCCAGGACCCCUUGCAGAUACCCAAAUCUGAGGAUGUUCAAGUCCCUUGAAUAAAAUGACAUAGUAUUUGUGUAUAGCCUACAACAUCCUCCCAUAUACAGUAAUGUGUUGCAUAAUGACAUUUCAGUCAACACUGGACUGCGUAUGUGACAGUGGUCCCACAAGGUUAUAAUACCUUGUUUUUACUGUACCUUUUCUAUGUUUAGAUAUGCAAAUAUUUACCAUUGAGUUACAUUUGCCUGCAUUAUUUAGUACAGUAACACGCUGUGUAGAUUUGUAGCGUAGGAGCAAUAGGCUGUACCAUAUAGUCUAGGUGUGUAGUAGGCUCUACUGUCUAGGUUUGUGCAGGUACACUUUAUGAUGUCCACACAACGACGAAAUUCCCUAACACAUUUUUCUAAUGUAUUCCUGUCAUUGACACAUGAGUGUAUUUAGGUCAUCUCUAGAUUACUUAUAAUACCUAACACAGUGUAAAUGCUAUGUAAAUAGUCAUUAUACUGUAUGCUUUAUGUAUUAUUUUUUGUUGUUGUAUUAUUUUUAUUAGGUUUUUGCCUGAAUAUUUCAAUUUGUGGUUGGUUGAUCCACAGUUGCAGAACCCACAGGCACAGAGACCCAACUCUUUGUAUCUUUUGAUUAAUUCGCAUCUUUUAACUAAUUUAAGUAAUGCUGAAUAUUUAGUUAUAUAUCCUGCCUUUUUAUUUCUCAUGCAGUUAAAUUUUUCCCAAGCAUUAUUUUGAAUAAAAAUAUUGUCAUAUUAAUGUAACAAAGUAUUCUCAUGUAGCUUAUAAUUUUUUCCUAUUAGUAUUACAAUUAUUACAGAUAAAUAUAUACAUGACUCUGAUCAUUUCCUUAGAUUGAUUCAUAGAAAUUAAAUUGGGUUAAAGGUAUGAAAAUUAUGACUUCUAAGUAGUCAUUUUAAAAAUUGUCAUUCACUGUGUAUAAACUUGAGAACUAUUGAGGGGAAUCGAGCAAGGUAUGCCUCUCUGGUUGUCUGGGGCAGUCCCCCUCCCUUAAAGGUGACACUGAUUCAGAUGGAUUUGCCCAGGGAACCAGAAUCAGGAAUAUUUUUACCAUACUUAAAACACUUUACAACAGUAACUGUUAAAGAAAGCUCUUUUGAUGAUUGUUUAAAGCAACUCAAAUAUUAAUGUAUACCAGUGAUCUAAGACAAUUGUUUGUGGCAGCAUUCUAGUUGGAAGGGGAAUAACAGCUAUUCAGAUAUAGCAAACAAAUUAAUGCUGAUUGUUACUGCCUUUUAGUUUGAUUUGUUAUGUGUUUCGUAACUGUGCUGUGUUCUGUAUGUGGCUUUUAUAGUACUAGAAAAUGUAAUAUUUAAAAUUAGAGAAUUGAUAUAAAGGUAAUCUCUGAUGUUGUAGUCCAGGAAUUUACAGAUAGUCAAUUUUAAAAUGAGACUUCAUUUUUCUGUCAGGUUUACAUAUGGCUCUCUUCUAAGUAUUGGACAGAUUUUAUUUUUUGAGGAAAAUUAACACUAUUUAAAAAUUAUAGGUUUGCCUGUACUGUUAACAUAGUUGACUGACUACCAUAUAUACGCAGUAUAUUCUUUUGUGUUUGUAUGAAAGUGCUCGAUACAACUGCACAGCGCAGGGGAAGUAGACACAUGGUGGUGCCUUUUAUUGUUCGCUCAGUUUCACUGAUUCUAAUUAUAGAAGCUUACAUCACCUUAGUUGAUGAUGACGGCUUCUCCCUUUUGCUUUUUCUUCCUCUAUGGCUCCCUUAAGGAUGGAUCAUAUUUCAUAGUGCAUAUGUGGCCGCCUGGUGGCUUUGACAGAGUUUUUCGACAGCAUCGGGAAGUGAUCAGUUGGUGGACAUAGAUGACAGUAUGCUGAAGCACACUGUUUCUUACAAAAGAAUAGAAGAAGACUGUACUCUGGCUUCCCUUCCUUCAGAAAGGCUGAGGAGAGGAAUAGGUGGGAUGCAGUUUGAAAGCAAGAAAUUCCUCAGGGGCACCAGUAAUUAGAGUUAACCAUGUCUGAUAACUGCAAAGAUUCAUUUCAGAUGUUCAAGUUAAGCAGAGAGCAAAGGGAGGUGGAAAAGCUUUGGAUGAUCCUUUAAAAGGACUUGUAUCUUAGCUCUGAUCAUUGCAGUCAUUUAUUCAUUUAUUUUCCAAAAGGAUUAAAGUGUUUUUACUAUUUAAAGCAGUACAUUUAACAGUUUAUAUUUCAAAGACCAUAUACUUACAACCAAAAUACAGAUAAGAGUGCCCUGUUUCUUUUAUUUUGUAAAACUACAGAAUUAUUCUUUUGUUCCUCACUUCCUUUUGAUUGUGGCUUCUCUAAAUUGUGAUUAUAGUAUUUCACUGUGCAGGUAGGGAAUAAAUGGUAUGACAAUGCCUGGGAUUAGUAUAAAUCUUGUUUUUGUUACUGUUGGUUUUUUAUUUUUCAUAAUGCCUAGAAUGUAUAUCCUCUGAUAGCUUACCUUUAUCUGUGGUGACCUUUUCUCUCCCUCCUUUUCAUUGUUGUCACAUACUGACAUAAAAGAUAGUUUAGUAAUGGCAGAACCUUAUCUCUGGUUUUCUGUACAGUAAGAUUUCAAAUGUUUUGGUUUGUAUUUUUGUUUAUAGUUUAUACAGUUAACAUAAAUUUUAACUGCAUAGCGUUUAUAUUUUUGUAAAAAGAUUUCUUAAUGAUUUGAAGCUUUGCAAAGUCAACAUACAUUACUUUUUAAACACUCAAACACCUUUUUAAAGCUAAAGAUGAUGAUAUCACUAUGGCUUACCAUCAUGGCAUUUCAUAUGCAGGGGAAAUGGAUUCUUAAGUGGCUGUCCUAUAGUGAUAAUUCCUAGACAAUGUAUAGAUGAGGACAUUUUCCCUUGCUGCAGUUACUUUAUUUGAAUUGGAAAGAUAACCAAAUGAGAUCAUGAUAAAAUCCUAAAAGUGAUACAAGUGAAAAAUAGGUCAUUUACCUAAGUGUUUUAGUUAUUGAUAAAUUACUGACUAUUCUCUUCAAAAGAUGUUUGUUUCUUCCUUUAGUAAUGAGUUAAAAGGUUAAGUCAUUAUUUCAUCAGAAUGCUGAUAGAUUCACAGGCUGAGUAUGGAAUUUGGCUGUUUCUUGGUAUUGUUGCACAGGAAGAUUUUACAUGAUAGGAUUACCAUUCAGUUGCCUAGAAUAGCAGAUACUAUGAGAUGAUUUGAUAGAACAAGGAAAAGGAUGAUGUCAUCUUCACUUACAAGCCAAAUAAAGAAAAAGAGAGAUUUUUUUUCCUUUAUCGAGUUGGUGUUUACUACAGUAGUAGGUCUAACAUAUGGUGGUAGUGGAUUAUAUUUCUUACACAAGGCAGUAAUUUUUUAAUGCAACUAAGAGAUGGCUGUCUCCCUUGCUCAGCUUGAGGUCCUCCUUUGUGUGUUACCAGCAUGAUUUAUACAAAGGGGGAAUAGGUGAGCAUUAGGAUUUUGCUUUUUGACUUGGCUAUAAUAUAUUCUGUUGAUACUAUAUGCAAAUGUAAUUAUUGUCAACUGAAAUAUUCUUAAAUCUUACAAAGGUUUAUGUACAAAAUGCUUGUCUUUUAGAAAUUUGUCAUUAGCAGAAGUUUGUCUUCAUCUACACUGAAAGGAUGUACUGUCGUUUUUUAUAUUUUAAAGAAUGAUUAAUAUUAGGUUUUAGUUCAUUUAUACUCGAAUACUUAAUAUUUAUUGAAAUUCCAGUUCACUUAGUCUUCUUUAAUUAAAUUUUAAAAAACUGGUGCUUGAAAAUCAACCUGUACAGAUAACUAGAGUCAUGCUUAUGUGUAAUUUGUGAGAUUUAAUCUUAUAUAUGAAUGUAAAUAUUGUAUAUCUUUUUUAGAAUUUUGGAAUUUUUGCAGAAAAUAAUUCUGAAGUUCUGUGGAAAUCAAAAUUCAUAAAUCAUGUAUUUUGAAAGUAUUCAGAAUGAUAGUUUUACUUAAAUUCCAGUCAUAUAAGUAGCAAUAUAAUUCAGAUUGACAGACUAAUAUUGUUCCGAAAGUGAUUCACACCUUGCCCCAAACGUAUUGAAAAACUCAUUUUUUGUGUGUGUGCCUCAUGACAAGAUGUUUCUUCUACAAGUCAGUGGAAUCAUUUGUUGCAAUACCUGUCUCUUAGGUAAUUAUCUCUUAUGUUGCAUACCUCCUUCUCUCCAAAAUGAAAGUGUUAAGUGAAUAAAACAAAAUAGUUGUUACUUUAAUUUGUUCACUGAUUGUUGUUCUCAUAAUUUCACUGCCUGAAGGUGUUAACUAUUUUAACUGUAUUUUAUCUUUGGAAAAUAUGUCUUUUGCCAUUGGGAGGCACCAUUACAAACUUAAGUGGGAGUAUCUGCAGUAGGUGCCCUGUGGCAGAAGCAGGAUAGGUACUUAAAUGUAUUGUGUUUUCAGAUGGAAAGGGGUGUGGCAGAAUUAAAAUCAUUUUUUUUGUUUUCUGGUAAUGUUUAUAUGAAAAUGGGGCAAUUUCCCUUAGUCCAAGCUCACUUUCGAAGUGAGUUUAAUCAUUUUCUUUGACUUCUUCUGAGUUUUUCUGGCUUCUUGUCUCUUUUUAGGAAUUGAGCUACAGAAAAAUACCAUGUUAUAUAGAUAUUCUUCCUCAAAGGAUUUGGUAAAUGCUGCAGCUAUUGUGCCUGUGAUUUUUUUCAGCUUUCUUGGCAAAAUGAAAUUCUGUUGUUUCCAUUUAAAUUUACUAUUUAUGUACAAAUUUUAGUACCAGUUUCUUAUAUUUUUAAUGUAAAUUUAAAAUGAUCCAGAAGGUUAUACCUUUCAGAACAGUUAUUUGAUAAAUAGCAAGUUCUGUAAGCAAAAAACCUUCAAAUUAGUAGUGUUGCAAAUACAUAUGUGACAUCUGAGAACUAGGCUGCCUUAUGUGUUUGGAAUGCAAGGCUAUCUUACCAGAGCUAAUUAUUUUCCCUUGGGAGGACAGCACUGUGUUAAAUUUGAAUAAUAUUAGGAAAUAUGGCUUCCCAGAUACAGCUAUGUGUCAGUGUACAGAAUUAAAAAUCAAAAUAGAUUUCUAAAACUGAAAUAGAAAUGGUGCUUAAGCCAAUUUUUUCUUAUAGAAUUUAGCUUGCUGACAUGUCUCAGGAAAGGGAGGGUGUGUGUGUGUUUUUUCAAUAAACUGCUCUUUGGGCUACAUCUGCAGAUACAGUAGCCAAUUGAUCUAAUGCAGUUUCUGAAGGCUUUCUGUACAGGUGAUGUCAUCCUUUUAGCUCUAUUCUCCUCCCACUCUCUUUCCUUCUUAUUAGAUAUUUCAUCUUACUGCAGAGCAUAGAAUCAAUAGGAGCUUCUCCUUAGGGAGCUGCUGUGAAACAGGCAAGGACAGUAGGAAUUAAGACACACUAACAUAGUCUUGCUGUGGCUGAAGAUACAGCGUUUUUGUACCAUAUCAUAUGUGAAUUUUUAGCCAGAAAAGCCAGAAUUACAUCAACAGUGCUGUUUUACUGAUGCAAUAGGACAAGAAGCAGUACUGCAGAGCUAGCUGUAAAUAGUGCAUGUGAAAGGAGAAAAUAAUUUGAAUUUUGGAAAUUCUCAGACAUUCUACAGGACAAACCUGUUACAGCAUAUUAUCUUCUGACUAUCAUUUGCUCAACGGUUGAUUUAAAAAAAAAAACCAAAAAACCCUUUGGUGGCUAAGAAUAUAAAGAAGAAACUUUAAUCUUCAGGAUACAGUAUUUGCUUCUGAUGCAGAAGAAUUGCUACAGUGCUUGUGCUACAGAAUGAAAUAAGUUGAAGAAAAGACAAAGCUGUAUUACAGAGAGGAAAGGUUUCACAGAACCUGGGAACACAGAUGCGGUGCAUGUUGCCUUAUUGCUUUGAUUGAUACUGUAUUAACUGUUGUGCUACCAUUUUGCAUGUCUAUGCCAGAUGCUUGAGGACGCAUGUGUAUGUCUAUGCUCUGAGCCAGAAAUAUAAACACCGUGAUUUACUGUGAUUUGCUUGUGAAAGUGAACAUUUUGAUAAGAACUGUUAGAGUUAUCAAGAACAAUACACUAAGCUACUGAAAGCUCCUGAUUUUGGUUUCAAAGGGGAUUUGGAGAGGCUGCCUUUAUAUAACACUGCAAUCGUGUAUGAUUUGUAAAAAGAAACUUAACAGAAAUUUGUUACCAUACUUAAUCAGUGUGGCUGUGGUUUGAAAAGGAAACUACCCUUUCCAGCCUAGGAAAUGGCUUUUCUUGUUCGCUGUUAUGCCAAUUGUCUUCAGCCCUGGGCCUCCAAACUUCCAGCUGAUCUUACCAAGAUGCACCUCACAGACAACCCUCAUCCACAAGUGACUCAUGUGUCUUCUAGUCAGUCUGGCUGUAGCAUUGCCAGUGACUCUGGGAGCAGCAGUUUAUCUGAUAUCUAUCAGGCUACGGAGAGUGAGGUAGGAGAUGUAGAUUUAACACGUCUUCCAGAAGGACCUGUUGAUUCUGAGGAUGAAGAAGAGGAAGAUGAAGAAAUUGAUCGAACAGAUCCAUUGCAGGGACGAGAUCUUGUUCGAGAAUGUCUUGAAAAAGAGCCUGCAGACAAAACUGAUGAUGACAUUGAACAACUUCUGGAGUUUAUGCACCAGCUCCCUGCUUUUGCAAACAUGACCAUGUCUGUAAGGAGAGAGCUCUGCUCAGUGAUGAUCUUUGAAGUGGUAGAGCAGGCUGGAGCUAUUAUUCUUGAAGAUGGGCAAGAGCUCGACUCAUGGUAUGUUAUUUUAAAUGGCACUGUAGAAAUCAGUCAUCCAGAUGGAAGAGUUGAAAAUCUGUUUAUGGGAAAUAGUUUUGGAAUCACUCCCACUCUGGAUAAGCAGUACAUGCAUGGAGUUGUCAGGACUAAAGUAGAUGAUUGUCAGUUUGUCUGCAUAGCCCAGCAGGAUUAUUGGAGAAUUUUAAAUCAUGUGGAAAAAAAUACCCAUAAAGUUGAGGAAGAGGGAGAAAUUGUUAUGGUGCAUGAGCACCGUGAGCUGGACCGGAGUGGAACCAGGAAAGGACAUAUUGUGAUCAAGGCAACACCUGAGCGUCUCAUCAUGCAUUUAAUAGAAGAACAUUCCAUUGUGGACCCAACUUAUAUAGAAGAUUUUCUAUUAACUUAUAGGACAUUUCUUCAAAGUCCUUUGGAUGUUGGGAUCAAACUACUGGAGUGGUUUAAGAUUGACAGCUUAAGGGAUAAGGUGACACGGAUUGUAUUAUUAUGGGUAAAUAAUCAUUUUAAUGAUUUUGAAGGUGAUCCUGCUAUGACUCGAUUUCUAGAGGAAUUUGAAAGAAAUCUGGAAGAUACAAAAAUGAAUGGUCAUCUCCGGUUAUUGAAUAUUGCCUGUGCUGCAAAGGCGAAGUGGAGACAGGUUGUGCUUCAGAAGGCUUCCCGUGAGUCCCCGCUGCACUUCAGUCUUAAUGGAGGAAGCGAGAAGGGAUUCGGCAUUUUUGUUGAAGGAGUAGAACCUGGUAGCAAAGCUGCUGAAUCAGGACUGAAACGUGGUGAUCAGAUAAUGGAAGUAAAUGGACAAAACUUUGAGAAUAUUACAUUUGUGAAGGCCCUUGAAAUUUUGAGGAAUAAUACUCAUCUUGCACUUACUGUAAAGACCAACAUUUUUGUAUUCAAAGAGUUACUUGGUAGGACUGAACAAGAGAAAUCUGGUGUUCCUCAUAUUCCCAAAAUUGCUGAAAAAAAAAGUAAUCGCCAUUCUAUCCAGGAUGUACCAGCAGAUAUUGAACAAACAUCACAGGAGAAAGGAAAUAAGAAAGUUAAAGCAAAUACUGUUUCAGGUGGAAGAAACAAAAUCAGGAAAAUUUUGGAUAAAACACGAUUUAGUAUCUUGCCUCCAAAACUAUUUAGUGAUGGAGGCCUAAGCCAAUCACAAGAUGACAGCAUUGUGGGAACGAGACACUGCAGGCACAGUCUGGCCAUAAUGCCGAUUCCUGGGACACUUUCAUCCAGCAGCCCUGACCUCCUGCAGCCCACCACCAGCAUGCUGGAUUUUUCCAAUCCUUCAGCUGUUGGUUUUUACUAUAUUCCUGAUCAAGUAAUAAGAGUUUUCAAAGCAGAUCAGCAAAGUUGCUACAUUAUCAUCAGUAAAGACACUACAGCUAAAGAAGUAGUUUGUCAUGCUGUUCAUGAAUUUGGUUUGACUGGUGCAUCCGACACAUACUCUCUCUGUGAAGUUUCUGUUACUCCUGAAGGUGUCAUAAAACAGAGAAGACUUCCGGAUCAAUUCUCCAAAUUAGCUGAUAGAAUUCAACUCAAUGGAAGGUAUUACUUAAAAAAUAAUAUGGAGACAGAAACCUUGUGUUCAGAUGAAGAUGCUCAAGAACUAGUUAAGGAAAGCCAACUAUCAAUGCUGCAGCUCAGUACCAUUGAGUUGGCCACCCAGCUGUCAAUGAGAGACUUUGAUUUGUUUCGUAACAUUGAACCUACGGAAUAUAUUGAUGACCUUUUUAAGUUAGAUUGCCAGACAGGAAAUACUCAUUUGAAAGAGUUUGAGGACAUUGUAAACCAAGAGACAUUCUGGGUUGCCUCAGAGAUUUUAACUGAAUCAAAUCAGCUCAAACGAAUGAAGAUUAUUAAGCAUUUUAUUAAAAUUGCACUUCAUUGUCGAGAAUGUAAGAACUUCAAUUCCAUGUUUGCAAUAAUAAGUGGAUUGAACCUGGCACCUGUAGCACGACUUAGAGGUACUUGGGAAAAGUUACCAAGCAAAUAUGAGAAACAUCUCCAAGAUCUACAAGACCUUUUUGAUCCAUCUAGAAACAUGGCAAAGUAUAGAAAUAUUCUUAGUAGUCAAAGCAUGCAGCCUCCGAUUAUUCCUCUCUUCCCUGUUGUCAAGAAAGAUAUGACAUUUCUACAUGAAGGAAAUGACUCCAAAGUAGAUGGUUUAGUAAACUUUGAGAAGCUAAGAAUGAUUGCCAAGGAAAUACGCCAAGUUGUACGAAUGACCUCUGCCAACAUGGACCCAGCUAUGAUGUUCCGACAGAGGAAGAAGAGGUGGCGGAGUCUGGGGUCACUGAGUCAAGGCAGCACAAAUUCAAACAUGCUGGAUGUUCAGGGAGGUGCUCACAAAAAAAGGGCGCGCCGCAGCUCUCUGCUCAACGCAAAGAAGCUGUAUGAAGAUGCCCAGAUGGCAAGGAAAGUAAAGCAGUAUCUUUCCAGUCUGGAUGUAGAGACAGAUGAAGAGAAGUUCCAGCUGAUGUCACUACAGUGGGAGCCUGCAUAUGGUACCUUGACCAAGAAUUUAAAUGAGAAGAGGUCAGCCAAAGCAUCUGAAAUGUCUCCAGUGCCCACAAGGUCCUCUGGCCAAGUGGCAAAAGCCCACUUGCACCAGCCCCACAGAGCAAGCCAGGUGCUUCCAGUGCCGGCUGUUAACUUACACCCCGUCAGGAAGAGGGGACAAGCAAAAGACCCUGUGUUGAGUACAAGUUUACCUCAGAAAGUUUUAGGGACAACUGAAGAAAUAAGUGGUAAGAAACAUACGGAAGACACUAUUUCAGUGGCCUUAUCCUUACAUUCUAGUCCUCCUGCGUCUCCUCAAGGUUCCCCUCGGAAAGGUUAUACUCUUACACCAUCAGCUAAAUCUGACAACUUAUCUGACUCCAGCCACAGCGAGAUUUCUUCCCGGUCCAGCAUCGUGAGCAACUGUUCUGUGGACUCCAUGUCUGCAGCUCUCCAGGAUGACCGGUGCCCCUCCCAGGCUCCAGCAGCACCUGAGUCCAGCGGGGCAUCAGAGAAGACAGAGCACUCCUCAGGGAUGGGAGACCACGGUCAGCUUGGCCCUGGAUGGACACUCUCAAAGCCAUCUCUAAUCAAGAGUUUAGCUGUCUCAUCUUCGGUGAGCAAUGAAGAGAUUUCUCAUGAGCAUAUCAUUAUAGAAGCAGCUGACAGUGGCCGUGGAAGUUGGACUUCCUGUUCAAGCAGCUCCCAUGACAACUUCCAAAGCCUUCCAAACCCAAAAAGCUGGGAUUUUUUGAACUCUUACAGACAUACUCAUUUGGAUGACCCUAUUGCCGAAGUUGAACCCGCUGACUGUGAGCCUUAUGUCUGUCCUCAGGGCAGCUCUAGAACUUGUGAUCAGUGUAGAGCAAGUCCAGAGACUAAUCCGUUGAGACAGAGUUGGGCCUCGUCCAGUUCUCUGUCUGACACGUAUGAACCAAACUAUGGGACAGUGAGACGGAGAGUGCUGGAGAGCACCCAGGCUGAGUCGUCUGAAGGCUUGGACCUCAAGGAUGCCACUGACCCAGUAUACAAAACUGUCACUUCUAGCACUGAGAAGGGUUUGAUCGUGUACUGUGUCACCUCACCCAAGAAGGACGAUAGGUAUAGGGAGCCACCACCCACUCCUCCAGGAUACAUGGGAAUCUCUUUAGCGGACCUGAAGGAAGGACCCCACCCGCACCUAAAACCUCCAGAUUAUAGUGUGGCAGUGCAGAGGUCAAAGAUGAUGCAUGGCAGCCUCUCCAGACUGCCGCCAGCUGCUCUCAGUGGCAGCCCUGUGGCCUGCGUGUCUUCGAAGACUGUGACUCAGCCGCAAAGGCAGAGUGUGCAGCCGUCCCAUCCCAAACUAGCAGAUGUGACUGGCGCAGAGAGCGAAGCAGAUGAAAAUGAACAAGUUUCGGCAGUCUAGCUUUUGGAUGACACAUUUGGAGACUACUGAAAGUCACAGAGCAGCGGGCAGAACCUCCUCCUGCUUGUGCAGGCUGUUGCCACAGACAGUGCGCUGCUGCUGCUGCGACCCAGAGGUCACAUGACCCGUGCUCCGAGCGGUGAGACAGGCCUGUGUCAUGCUUCCUUCCAUGCGAUUCCUGCCUGUGAGCAGUUCCUCAGCUCUGGAUGCUGUGCCCACAUCCCAGUCUCCACCAUACACGCCAGACCUGCCCUGGGACCACAGUUACAGAAGAAAUUUAAACUCAGAGUCAUCUCCAUGUAUAUCAGUAUAGAUUUUCCUUUAGCAGGUUAUUUUAAAGAUAGGGCAUUAUUAUUUCCAAGCCAUAGGUUGGGCUAAAGGACAAAUUCACAGUGUCUGCCAAUACCAAGGAUAUUCUUGUGUAUUUGAAAACUAACUUAUUAUUUGAAGUGUUGUGGUUUUGUUUGUAUUUGGGAACCCUUGUUAGCUGAUACUUAUGUUAGAGGACAUAAAACUGUCUCUGGUCUGUCUGAACAGAAGUCAUCUUUGCAGAGAUGAUAUGCUCAAUCUGUACAGGGAUACAGCUUGAUCUGUAGCACCAGUGCAAGGCAGGGUCUCAGUUUUUGAGUGGAGCAGGAAGCCCUUCGAAGCUGAGGUGUUAGAAACUUCGUGCUGGUCAUAGUGUGGGUGUGGGGGGCCAAAUGAAGCUGCCGCAGAGUUUCUUGUCUUUUGGGAAAGGGGAGAGGGUAGGGAGGGAGAGGCCCAGAACCCUGAUUUCCAAAGAAUGAAAUUUUGAAGUUAAAUGACAUGUAUACAAAUUCUUUCUGAAGUAAUAGUUACGCUGUAUUAUAACUACAAGUAUAAAUCUAAUAGAGAUUGGGUUCUAGAGAGUUCUACACUAUAGAAACUGAAAACUAAAAUUUCUCACAACUCAAGUAUGAGUUCUGUUUGUAAAAGAAGUAGAAUCAUAGGUGUUGUAGUCAUGGAGAUGAAUUUGGCCUCACGCAGUGUUCUGCAGAGGACCACCCACAUCUCAGAGCACCCGCUGUGUCCAGUCUUGGUAAGCCCUACAGCUCGCAGCUGCCUGCCGUAAAAUUUUGUGGUUCGAGAAAGAGGAGCUAGAAUUGUAGACAUGAUUGUCUCUUGGUUCUCAGUUUGGUCCUUAAAAGGACAUACCUUUCCGUCCUCUUGGGCAUGGCCCUCUUAAUUUAAGUAAUUAAAAUUUCAGUGACUAUUUACUGGAGUGGUAGGUUUUUCAUUUUUACAAAUGAAAUACAAUGUUUUUCUGUAUAUUAAGUUUAAAUUUUUUCAUUUGUUUUUUAGCGUAAAGGCAAGUGAGACUUUAAUAAACUUCUGUGAUUACCAAAAAAAGAAGAAGCCAAAGCCAUUAAUGUUCACUACCCAGAUCAACUAGGAGCCAAAAAGGGUUUACUUCUGAAUGGUUGUCCACGUGUGUCCACGUAGAUUUAGUUGGUCUGUGACUUCCUUUGUCGGAGUUUGUUCUCUUUCCUAGGUGACUCCUCCCUUUCUCUGUCUUCCUGCCUGUCCCCUUCAUGUUAAAAUCAUAAAUCAGUUUCAAGUAGUAAAUGGUAGUGGUUCAUCUUGCCCAUCAAAAUGAUUGUCUCUUCAUUUUAGGAAAAAGAGCAUGUCUGACAAAUUCCCCCGGGGAGAAAACAUUUAUCUAAAAUUUAAGCCUUAGAAAUUAGCCCAGGUAUGUGAGAAUGAGGCUAGGUAGUUCCAUAGCUCUCUUGGUCCUUUGAAACGGAAAGCAGCCUGAACCAAAAAUCCUGGUUUGAACGUCACACUGAAGUGAUUUGGCUUAUACACAGUGGUCCUCCAAUUACAGAUUGUUUUCUUCACUGAUUUACAUCAUGUUGUUUUUAUGUCCACAGCAAAAGAAAGUGAAAGAUAUUUUUGCCAUAACUACCUUUUUAUCAAAUUUGGGUGUCUGUUCUCACCAUUUUAUAUCCAUUACUCCAGAAGAAUGUGCUGUUUGCACAGUGUCUUUAUGUAGCAGGUCUUUCAAACCAAGUGAAAGCCUUACCUGUCUUUGUCCUUAAUGGUGUAAAAACUGUAAAUAAUACCUUGCACAGAGAGUUGAGGCCUGUGGUUUUGGACUUGCGCCUUGUAGCUGCCUUGGCUUUAAUCUAGCUUUAACUGAGUGUUUGGACCAGCUGAUCACAUUGAUCAGGAACUAAAAGCCAAAUGCUUUGUGGUUUGAUAUGUAUGUAUCCCCUAAAAAAUCAUGAGGUUUUGAUUUUUAUAUUUUAAUUUAAGGUACAUUUCUGCCUUCUCUUAGUUUGUCAUGUGACUAGAAAAAGAAAAGCCUUAACCUUUAUUUGCUCCAAGUCCAAAUCCCACUUUGUUUUGUUUUUAUUUUAUAAAUUUAUAAUCUUAAGGAAUAGAUGAGUGCCCUCUGUCUCUACCACAACUGAAAUCUGCCAAGAUGAUUGCAUUAGUAAACCCUCAAUGCAAAGCUUUUGCCAAAUAGUAAGUUUCAACAAAAUCUCUUCAUAAUAAAAGAUUUGGAGAAUUAGUAAAUCCAAUACAUGGUUCCAUAAAAAUUUAUUAUAAUUAAUAAAUUCUCAUUUACUCCACAUGAUUACUUCAGUAUGAUCUUUGGGGAGAAAAAGUCUGUAAUGAAUUUCAUGAGAGUGGUAAGUCACAUUAUCAUCAUUUACAUCACCUCAAGAGUCUCUCCCAGGUUGAAAAUGUGAGGAGUUUCUAAGAACAAGCCUGAGUUUUAUGAAGUAUUCUUUCCCCUACAGAAAAAGGGAGGAGAAAAAGUUUCCUAGUAUAAAACAAUGAUUGAUAUUCUAAGUUUUUUUCAAAAAAAAUAUGAUGUUAAAGUUUAUAUAUUCUUUUAGCAUUACCUUAAAAGCUAGAAAAAAGGGAUAAAUCUUCAGAAAAAUGUCACAAUACAUUUUCAAAUUUAAACUUGAACCCCAGCUCAUCUUCAGCUUUUGUUGUGCAUUUUUUAGGCGUCUUUAUUUUUGAUACACAGAAUGCAGUUGAUCUUUUAAAAUUGAAACAUGUAAGCUUAUCAGCAAAAGACAAAAACAAAACUGCACAGUUGUAAUAAUCAAAUAGCAAUUAUACUGCACAAUUCAUUGAUUGUAAUGCAUCCUGUAACAAGCAAUGUUUGUCUCCUAUUUUUUGAUACCUCUUAAACUUACGUCUUUUAGAAAGACAGUGCCUCUGUAUGCUUUUUGUAUUUUUACUGAGUGUAAAUAUUUGUUAUAUUUUUUGUUAAAAGAAUGUAAAAGUACCAUUUAUUAUGAUCAUGUCUACUAAUACAUUGGUGGAAUCAAUAAAGACUCUACAUUAA